CUAUUUGAAAAGGGAAUGGUGGCUUCCAUAAACAGCAACCGGCUCAAGGCCCAAGGCAUGGGCCAACACCAGAAUGCCUUCAACUACAGGAAUCAGAACUUUGAGGAGCUGCGAGCAGCAUGCCUAAAGAAGGGAGAGCUGUUUGAAGACCCCUUCUUCCCUGCUGAACCCAAGUCUCUAGGCUUCAAGGAUCUGGGCCCCAGCUCCAAAGAUGUGCAGAACAUCUCUUGGCAGCGGCCCAAGGAAAUCACGGACAACCCCCAAUUCAUUCUGCAUGACUUCUCUCCCACAGACAUCUGCCAAGGGCUCCUCGGGGACUGCUGGUUGCUGGCGGCCAUUGGCUCCCUCACCACGUACCCCAAACUCCUCUACCGUGUGGUGCCGAGAGGACAGAACUUCAAGAAAAACUACGCUGGCAUCUUUUAUUUUCAGCUUUGGCAGUUUGGGCAGUGGAUGAACGUGGUGGUGGACGACCGAUUGCCCACUAAGAAAAACAGGCUGGUGUUCGUGCACGCCUCCGAGCGCCAGGAUUUCUGGAGUGCUCUCCUGGAGAAGGCCUACGCCAAGCUGAACGGAUCCUAUGAGGCGCUGGCCGGAGGCAGCACUAUGGAGGGUUUCGAGGAUUUCACAGGGGGCAUAGCGCAGAGCAUUUGUCUCCAGAAGCCCCCUUACAACGUGCUGAGGAUGCUUAAGAAAGCCCUAGAGAAAUCUUCCCUCAUGGGCUGCUGCAUUGAAGUCAAGAACGAAAACGACAUUGAAACGAUGACCCCGAAUAUGCUGAUAAAAGGACAUGCUUAUGCAGUCACUGGCCUCGAGGAUAUCCGCUACAAAGGCAGGACGAAAACUCUGAUUCGGAUCCAGAACCCCUGGGGCCGAGUUGAGUGGAAUGGAGCCUGGAGUGACAGAGCCAUGGAGUGGGAAGAGGUGAGCCCGGCUGUCCAGAUACAAUUACAACGAACGAAGGAAAAUGGGGAGUUCUGGAUGUCCUAUGAAGACUUCAUGAGCAACUUCACACUCCUGGAGAUCUGCAACCUCACCCCAGAUGCGCUCAACCCCUUGGAAUACAAGAGCUGCUGGCACACAACCUUCUUUGAGGGCAGCUGGCGGAGGGGGAGCACAGCCGGGGGCUGCAGAAACCACCCCGAGACCUUCUGGAGCAACCCACAGUUUAAGAUCUCGCUCCCAGAGGAGGACGACCCGGACCCGGACCUGGACUCUGAGGAAAGCCAUGUGGUCUGCACCUGCCUGGUGGCCCUGAUGCAGAAGAACUGGAGACAUGCUCGGCCUCAGGGAACCCAGAUGCUCACCAUAGGCUUUGUCAUCUUCCCGGUCCCAAAGGAGUUUCAGAACCUCCAGAACAUCCAUCUGAAGAAAGAGUUCUUCGUGAAAUACCGAGAGCACGGCUUCUCUGAGAUCUUCACCAACGCACGGGAGGUGAACAGCCAUCUUCGGCUGCCCCCGGGGGAAUACAUCAUUAUUCCCUCCACCUUCGAGCCUCAUACCGAUGCUGACUUCCUGCUUCGGGUCUUCACGGAGAAACACAGUGAGAUCUUGAUGCUGGAUGAAGUCAGCAGGGCUGAGCAUCUCCAAGAGGAGACCAUAGCUGUGAAGGACAUAGACCAGGACUGUGUUCACUUGUUUGAGAUGGUGGCAAAUGGGGAAAAGGAAGUGAGUAUGUUUGCGUUACACAGACUCCUCAACAAGCUGUCAAGUAAAUUCAAGAAUUUCAAGAGCAGUGGCUUUAGCCUGGAUGUCUGUCGUCGUAUGGUCAACCUCCUGGAUAAAGAUGAUACUGGCAAGCUGGGGUUUCUAGAGUUCCAGAUCCUGUGGAGAAAGAUCAAGAAAUGGACGGACAUCUUCAAAGAGUGUGAUCACGACCACUCAGGGACCUUGAACUCCUACGAGAUGCGCUUGGCAAUAGAGAAAGCAGGCAUUAAGAUGAACAACAAGCUCACUGAGGUGGUGGUUGCUAGGUAUGCGGAUGAGAACAUGAUUGUGGACUUUGACAAUUUCAUCAACUGUUUCCUGAGGCUAAAGGCCAUGUUUGUGUUCUUCCUAUCCAUGGACACCAAGAAAACUGGUUCUAUUUCCUUGAAUAUAGAGCAGUGGCUGCAAAUCACCAUGUGGGGGUAGGGCGAUGCGGAGCCUGGCUCCCUCCCCGCGGCCGGCGCGGGGCUCUGGCCGGGACGGUGGGUGCUCCCUGUCGCCCUUGCUCUCCAGUGGCCCAGGCACAGUGUUUUCUUCGAGCCCCUGCUCCGGGCUGAGGGGAACUCUAAUCCUCAACCCUACCCCCCACACCACCCCCGAGCACGCACACGCUGUGAAUAUUUUGACAAAAAAUUAGGUGGAUCCUCUUCUCCCUCCACCCCCUGCCCGCCCGGUUUUCUCUGGCGAAGGCAGCCGCGCAGCCAGUUUGGUGUUGCCACACACCUGCCUGCCUGCCCUCCCUCUUGCCAGGGAUUCCAUUGCCUCCCCCCGCCCCUCCGCCGUGCACAUUAUUCUAAUAAAAAGAACAUGGUUUACCACUUAA